AUGGCUCAAUCAAAUGAGAACAUACCUGAUUUCUUGACGUCCAUGGCUAAUAUUAGUCUUGCGGUGAUGCAACAUUUAAGAGCCUACGACUGGGAUGUUGAAGCCGCUGCAGAAUCAUAUCUAUAUAGUUUUCAACGACUAAGAACUCAGGAAACACCUAAUUGUGGUCGGUUAAAUUCAAAUUUAGAUAGAUCUACAUCGGAAUCAUUGAAUGAACACAAUGAUCAUUCACCACAACCUUUCGCAUCCGAUGAUCAUCAAAUCAAUAAUGAGUCACAAAUAGACUCACCAUCAUCAUCAUCGUCACAACAACUGAAUCACUCGCUUCGUGAACCAAUAGGCGUUGAUCUUUCCAAUCAAGGAUCCUUCAUUGAACAUUCUAAUUGUUUUACUUCAAAUACAGAUGGAUCAUUUCCACUCUUUCCUAACAUUCAUGAACAUUAUCAUGGAUCGACAGCGGCUAUUCAUAAAACGGUCGAUAUUUUACAACUUCGUGCUGAUAACAUUCGAAAUCAAUAUGUAGUAUUUGUUAGUACAUCAGAACAUCACUCGAAUAUUUUACCAUGGAAAGAAACAGGCGUUGAAUUCGUUCAAAUUCCUAACAAUAAACAAGGUCUCCUUGAUCAAAAUGUUCUAAAAACUAAAUUAAAAUAUUAUCGUGAACAAAUCAAAAAGAAUAUUAUUUGUACAUUUAGUGCAGCAAGUAAUGUCACUGGUAUUCUAGCCGAUGUUGAUCCUAUUUCAGAAUUGGUUCAUGAACACGAGGGUUUGAUAUUUUGGGACUAUGCAGCAGCAGCACCUCAUGUUCAUAUCAAUAUGAAUCCAUCAGAAAAAGCUGCUAAAGAUGCAGUAUUUAUUUCAACGCAUAAAUUCGUCGGUGGACCUGGAGCACCAGGUAACUCAUAUAAAUUAUUUAAAAAAAAAGAUAUUCUUACGCUUUUAAAAUUAGGUCUUCUCAUUGCAAAAAAGAAGAUUUUUACAAAUCGUGUACCGAGCGGUCCUGGUGGUGGUACAGUUAAUUAUGUUACUCGACAAGCAGUAGAAUAUACAAAGGAUAUUGAAACUCGAGAAGAAGGUGGAACACCAAAUAUUCUUGGUUCCAUUCGUGCUGGAUUAGUUUUCAUUUUAAAACACGCCAUUGGACAUGAACUAAUUGAUGAUCGAGAAAAGAAAUUAGUAGACAAGUUCAUUCAGCGUUUUCGAGAUAGUGAAACAUUAUUAAUUCUUGGUCCACUCGAUAUUCCUCGUCUGGCAAUAUUUUCUUUUCUAAUAUAUGUACCAUCGAUUGGCAAAUAUUUACAUCACAAUUUUGUUUGUUCACUAUUGAAUGAUUUAUUUGGAAUUCAAGUAAGAUCAGGAUGCUCUUGUGCGGGUCCAUAUGUAUUAAUUGACGAUGAAAAAGCAGAUAUUUAUACAAGAUUCAUUACUGAAGAUUCAAGUCGAAAAGUUGACAACCAUAAUUUGGAAAUUCCUCAGAAUUCAUUAAUGAAGCCGGGUUUUACUCGUUUUAAUCUAUCGUAUUUUAUCGAUGAUGAAGAAGUAAAUUAUAUUCUUGAUUCGAUUGAUUUUAUUGCGCAAAAUGGUUGGCGAUUUCUUCCGUUGUAUAUGUACGAUUCAAAAACUGCUAUAUGGCAUCCUCGCCAUCUGCUUAGAGAAAAUCAUUUCAUUGAAGUUCAUCAACUCGAAACGACUACUUUUCAAGAUGGCACAAUACAAGAAACAACUUCUGUUCCUAAUUCAUCACAGAGUUUUAGUCGUCAACUAUCAUUAGUUAGCUCAUCUUUAUCAUUAACUGGUGGUCCUUUGCAACAAGCACGAGUUAUGUGCGAGAAAAUGCCAGAACAUGUCUACAAACAUCUAAAUUUUCUAACUGACGCUCCACUGGCUAUUCCACAGAAUUAUAAAGAUUUGAUUUGGUUUAUUGAACCCAAAGAAGUCGUAUUGGAACUAUUGAUUGAACUAGGACGUAAACAGCAACAAGCUCAUACUAGUCCUCCCUUUAAACCGCGAUAUAAAACUACAUAA